CGGUAAAACACGUGACUGCCAACACGUACUUCCGCUAGACACGCCCCUCCGCGGACUCCCGUCCCUUACGCCCCCCCUCGAGGAACCAGACGCGUCCGACGGCCUGAAGGGACGAGCUUUAAUCCUGCAUCAUGUCUCAGAAAGGAACCCGAGGAACGGAGGUUCUGAUGGAGGCCUCCAUCAUCCGCAUCCCCCCCCACCACUACAUCCAUGUGUUGGACCAGAACACCAACAUCGCCCGGGUGGAGAUCGGGCCACUCACCUACAUCCGGCAGGACAACGAGAGAGUCCUGUUCCCUCCGGUCCGGAUGAUCAUGGUUCCGCCUCGUCACUACUGCGUGGUCAUCAACCCGGUUGCCCGUGGCGAUGACGAGCAGGUCCGUUUCGACCAAUCGGGUCAGGCUAAGCUUCGCCACGCCGACCUGGAGAUCCGCCUGACCCAGGACCCGUUCCCCCUGUACCCAGGGGAGGAGAUCCAGCAGGACGUGACUCCUCUGCAGACCGUGUAUCCCGACACGGCGCUGCGUCUCCAGGCUCUGCUGGACUUUGAGGAGGUGGGAGGAGUCAAGAGGGUGGCCGGAGAUGAGUGGCUGUUUGAGGGACCAGGGACCUACAUCCCCAGGAAGGAGGUGGCCGUGCUGGAGACCAUCAAGGCCACGGUGAUCCGGGAGAACCAGGCCAUCAGACUGAGGGCUCGCAAGGAGGGGGUGGACCGAGAGGGGGUCCACCGGGUCACAGGUGAGGAGUGGCUGGUCAGUAAGGUGGGCGCCUACCUCCCAGGAGCCCACGAAGAAGUCCUCGACAUUGUGAACGCCUUCAUCUUGACGGACAAGAAAGCGCUCCACGUUCGUGCCCUGCGCUCCUUCAAAGACGCCGGCGGGCGGGACCGGCGCACGGGGGAGGAGUGGCUUGUCACCAUGGCGGAGCGGGAGGCCCACAUCCCGGCGGUGGCGGAGGAGGUGGUGGGGGUGGUGGAGGUGACCACGCUGAGCAGCCGGCAGUACUGCGUCAUCCUGGACCCAGUCGGCGCCGAUGGGAAACCUCAACUGGGUCAGAAGAGGGUGGUGAAGGGCGAGCGCUCGUUUUUCCUGCAGCCAGGCGAGCGCCUUGGAAGCGGCAUCCAGGACGUGUACGUGCUGUCGGAGGAGGAGGGUCUGGUGCUGAGAGCCGUGGAGGCGUUCAAUGACACCGAGCAGCAAGAGGAAGACGAAGAGGAGGAGGAGGAAGAGGAGCGUGAGAGGGCAAAGCGCUUGCAGAGAGGCGGCGUCCUCCGUCGCCCCGGCGACCGCUGGAUGCUGCGCGGUCCCCUCGAGUACGUCCCCCCCGCCGCAGUGGAGGUGGUGCUGAGACGACAAGCAAUCCCAUUGGACGAGAACGAAGGCAUCUACGUCAGGGACAUCAAGACGGGGAAGGUGCGCGCGGUCAUCGGUCACACCUAUAUGCUGACCCAGGACGAGGAGCUGUGGUCCAAGGAGCUCCCCCCCAACGUGGAGGCCCUGCUGGCUUCCAACCUGGACCCGCUGGCUGACCGCUCCGACCGCACCAGAACCGGACAGGGCCUCCCGAGGGACAAGACCAGGGUGGUCUCCUACCGGGUCCCCCACAACGCCGCCGUGCAGGUGUACGACUACAGGGAGAAGAAGGCUAGGGUGCUGUUUGGACCGGAGAUGGUGAUGUUGGGACCUGACGAGCAGUUCACCAUGCUGUCGCUCUCUGGGGACAAACCUAAAAGGGCCAAUGUCAUCAAGGCCAUCUGCCUUCUGCUGGGGCCCGACUUCUUCACUGAUGUCAUCACCAUCGAGACCGCCGACCACGCCCGCCUCCAGCUGCAGCUUUCCUACAACUGGCACUUUGACGUGAAGUUUCCGGUGAGCUCGGCCGAUGCAGCGGCUCUGUUUUCAGUCCCUGACUUCGUGGGAGAUUCCUGCAAAGCCAUCGCCUCCCGAGUUCGAGGAGCCGUGGCCUCUGUGCAGUUUGAUGAUUUCCACAAGAACUCCAACCGGAUCAUCUGCUCGGCCGUGUUUGGCUUCGAUGACAAGCUGGCGGUUCGUCCCAACCUUCGUUUCAGCCAGAACAACCUGAUGAUCAGCAGCGUGGACAUCCAGUCUGUGGAGCCCGUGGACCAGAGGACCCGGGACGCCCUGCAGAAGAGCGUGCAGCUGGCCAUCGAGAUCACCACCAACUCCCAGGAGGCCGCUGCCCGCCACGAGGCGGAGCGCCUGGAGCAGGAGGCCCGGGGGAAGCUGGAGAGGCAGAGGAUCAGCGACCAGGCCCAGGCUGAGCGAGCCAGGAAGGAGCUGCUGGAGCUGGAGGCUCUCAGUGCUGCGGUGGAGAGCACAGGAGCCGCUACCGCUGAAGCUCAGUCUCGUGCCGAGGCGGCUCGUAUUCACGGCGAGGCGGCGGUCAACGAGGCCAAACUGAAGGCCGAGGCUCAGAGCAUCGAGGCGGAGGCGGAGCUUCAGCGCCUAGCGAAGGCCCGUGAGCAGGAGCUGAGCUACAAGCGGCAGAUGGACAGUCUGGACGUGGACAAGCAGAAGAACCUGGCUCACAUUGAGAGUCAGCGCUUCAGUCAACUGGUGGAGAGUCUGGGCAGCGACACGCUGAAGGAGAUAGCCAGAGCCGGGCCCGAGCUGCAGGUGAAGAUGCUGCAGGCUCUGGGCCUGAAGUCGACUCUCAUCACGGACGGGUCGUCUCCCAUUAACCUGUUCACCACCGCCAACGGCCUGCUGGGGGCGCUGUCGGGUCAGGGGGCGGGGCAGUGAGAAGACAGGAAGAGGAGGAGGAGGGGAGGAGGGGAAUAGAAGUAAACCUCAACAGAUUCUCGUCUUUCUGAAGGCCGACUUAAGCGUUCUUGACAUUUAGAUCACGACUCUCUGUUAGCGCUGUUAGCUUCUAGCUCAGCCAACCAAAACACUCCGAAUGUUGCAUGUUUCCCCUUUUUAAAGCAAAUCAAUGUGCCUUUUUCAUUUAAAGCUGCUCUUGAUGGGUUUGUUAAAUGUCAGAUCCCACAAAGUGCAUCUUAAUCUCUCUGAAAACUGUGUUAAACUGACACUGAAGUUAUAAAUGAAAUGAAAUGUUUAACUGACAAAGAAUAUAAUCUAAAGCCGGGGUCCAGCUGUGAGAACGUGAGCCAAGCGGCUCCUUCCCACACGACCAGGUUUGCACUUUUCUCUCUUCAAAAGAAGAACCAGAGGUUUACUUGAAGACAUCUUAUUGUGAAGAAGAAACGUUCCUAAAACAAAUGUCUCGUUCGAGUCGUAGAAGCUGACAGCCAAAGAUUCCUGUUUUCUGCUUCUUGACCUGCACGGUCCAGAAGACGUUUAUCACAUCCUGUCUGUCCUUCUCUGUCUGAUGUUUCUACUUAAAGAACAUUAUAUCCUG